ACUACAUUCCAAUGGAUCGUUCACUCUGCCCGCGGAGUUAGCAGCCCGUUAGAUUACAGCCAACAUAUUAUGAAUUUGAUAUGAAAAAGUAUUUGCUUCUUAAAUGUGGUAUGUGUCCAUGUUUUCAAGUCGUGUAGACAUUAUCAUUGAAACGGAAACCACGGCGCCUCCCACUUGGCGCAUAAAAACGCCUAUUUCUUGCAUCUCAGAGAUAGAGUUUAACGUUACUAACGUCCGUUUACAUGCCUAUGCUAUUCUGCUUCGGAUUGCCACAUUUGUUAACUACAUUGCUGGGUAACAUCAUGCGCAGGACUGAGAUGAGAGAGCGACGGAGCAUAUGAAGAUGUCCCUAAAGACUGCUAAAACAUGGUGCUUUAGACUGAUCGCUAUUGUUCUGUUCUUCGUCUCCUACUACUGCUCCCAUGUCUUCCUCCAGAGCUAUGGAGGCACCAGCAAGUCUCCUCCAACUCCGAGCAAGUCACUGUGUGGUGGCUGGCUAAAGCAGAAGUGGGAGAGCCUCAAUUUUAACAUUAGCAGACAAACACAGCUCUUCUUCAAACUGGAUGAUUUCUUCUGGCGACAUAAUCAGUCCACUCUUGCAUUACCCUACGGUAUUAAAGGCAGUGAGUUGCUGCUGCUGAAGGUUUUAGCCAUUAUUGCCAAUUACAAAAUGCCGGCCAGCAUUGAUAGUCUAGACUGCAGAACGUGUGCAGUCAUAGGAAAUGGGUUUGCCAUUAAAAACAGCUCCUUGGGCGGCAUCAUCAACGAGUACGACGUGGUGAUCCGGCUAAAUGACGCCCCCGUCAGAGGUUAUGAGGACGACGUGGGGAACAAGACCACUAUGCGUCUCUUCUACCCUGAGUCGGCCUCCUACAACCCCAGCAUGCACAAUGACCCCGACACCCUCAUGGUCCUAGUGCCUUUCAAACAGCAGGACCUCCGCUGGCUCAAGGAGAUCCUGUACGACGAGAAGAGGGUGAGGAAGGGUUUCUGGAAGCCCCCUCCACAGAUCUGGCUAGGCAGUACCAGUCGCAUCCGGGUACUGGACCCUCACUUCCUGCAUGGGACGGCCAGCAGUCUGCUACAAAUCCCCCUUCACCCAAAGAGAAAACAGAAACCAGUACACCCCACCACAGGGAUCCUAGCCGUGUUUGUGGCACUCAACUACUGUGACGUGGUGCACAUAGCUGGGUUUGGAUAUCCAGCAUCCAAAAACCAGAAGUAUCCUAUACACUACUAUGGAUAUGACACUAUGAAAUCCAUGAAGGUGAGUGUACAUGGGAUUUUACUCAACUCCCAUGUCAGGGAUGAACACUAUGAAAUCCAUGAAGGAUUCCUACCACGACCUUACCCAUGAAGCAGAAGCCUUAAAACAACUAGAGGAUUCGGGGGCUAUCAUGUACUUACACCCUCACUCCUGACACACAUACUGUACACACAUGGGCACGGUCCAGAAACAGCCCCUAUCCCUAACCUCCUAGGAACUUAAUCAAAAUCUGAAAGGAGUUUUUACUGCACUGCUAAUACCUAUACAUUUUCCUUUAGAUCUACACACAAGCCUAGGUGGUAGAGGCUAGCGGGUGUUUUUGGACUGGGUUACACGCAGAUGCCAGUUGUGAACUUGAAUCCCCUCUGCUGGCAAUAUGGUCCAUACAGUCCAAACAUCAUAAUCACACAUUGUGCCAGUCUUAAUUCACCUCACUCUUAUUGAAAAUAAAUACGUAUUUUCAGAAAAAUAUAUAUAUUUAAAAAUAAUAAUAAUUCUUCUGAGUUCUGAUUUUUUUAAAUUAAUUUUUUUAUUAACUUUUUAAAAAUUGUCUCUUAAAUGUUACCACUGGAUAUUUUAUUGUAUGUAAUUCAUUUUUAUUAAAAUUAAAUCUAAAUGGAAA